AACACUCGCCUGAAGAAACACACAAAACCCUGUGAAGUAUGGCUGCAGCUGGCGCAGCCUUUUCUCAGCCGGGCAACGAAGCGGCUUGCUAUCCUUCUGGGCUUCAUCAAGAUGAAUCCCCUGAGCUGUCACCGUGGCACUUGGCCUUCAGCGCUAUUCUCAUUACCAUUUUUUGCAGGAGCCUUCGGCCCUGCCUUUGCCAACCUGGAGCUUCGCCAUCCGCCUGUCCAUGCACGUCCUUGGAGGCACAAACUGCUGGAGUGCACCAGCACCAUGCUGAAGGCUCUGGCCUUGGCCUUUCCGCAUCACCCUCACGAUGAAGAGUGCACCUGCAUGGCGUUGUCACAGGGCGCAUCUGUGCAAAAAGAUGUGGCAAAGGGCGACUGGUGCUUUCCCAGAAGCUUUUUGGAUGGUUUUGACUGCCCAUUGGAGGCUCCAUUGGUACAGCCGAUGCUUUCAAAGGUGGGCUCACGGAGAGCAUCUACCCUAUGUUCAAUCGGGAAGACAGGAUUCUGCGGCCUUUGGCGGAGGCAUUGGCGAUGCACUGUUGGACAUGGUGGCGUCCUCCUCCAGCACCAGUAGUUCACGCAGGCUUGAAGUGGCAAACCAGACACAGGGCC